AUGGAAAGAGAAAACAAUUCAUGUAUAGCACAGUUCCUCCUCCUGGGCUUCUCAGAUGAUCCUGAGCUGCAACCCGCCCUCUUUGCACUCUUCUUGCCCAUGUACAUGGUGGCAGUGCUUGGGAACCUGCUCAUCAUCCUGGCCGUCAGCUCUGACUGCCACCUCCACACCCCCAUGUACUUCUUCCUCUCCAACCUGUCCUUUGUGGACAUCUGUUUCACCUCCACCAUUGUCCCAAAGAUGCUGGUCAACAUCCAGACACAGAACAAGAACAUCUCUUACAUAGAGUGCCUCACUCAGGUGUAUUUUUUUAUGAUCUUUGCUGGAAUGGAUAAUUUCCUUCUGACUGUGAUGGCCUAUGACUGCUUUGUAGCCAUCUGUCACCCCCUGAAAUACCUGAUCAUCAUGAAUUCCCAGCUCUGUGGCUUCCUGGUCUUCAUUUCUUGGUUUGUCAUUUUCUGGGAUGCCCUGCUACACCUUCUACUGAUUUUGCCUCUAACCUUUAAUACAUGUACAGAAAUUCCACAUUUCUUUUGUGAUCUGCCUCCAUUGCUCCAAGUGGCCAGCUCUGAUACCUACAUCAAUGACAUUGUCUUGUAUGUAACAACUGCCCUGCUGGGUGUGUUUCCUGUCACUGGGAUCUUCUUCUCUUACUCUCAGAUCGUCUCCUCUUUAAUGAAGAUGUCUUCUUCUGAAAGCAAGUCUAAGGCAUUUUCCACCUGUGGGUCUCAUCUGUGUAUGGUCUCUUUGUACUACGGGACAAGCCUUGCAGAAUACCUUAGCUUUACGUUCACUCAUUCUUCCUGGGCAGGCAUGCUUGCCUCUGUGAUGUACACUGUGGUGACCCCAUGCUGA